AUGGAGGCGUUGCUGCGGAAAGUCGCCACGCUGCGCGCCAAGGGAAACGCAAUGCUGCCGGUCAACGCCGCAACGGCGACCAUCGCUUUCGGUCGGGCCGCCCAGGCCUUGUGCUCGCUCCGCUCCAUGCUACUGUCGUUGUCGUUGUCCGAUGAUGACGAUCGAGACAAGGCUGUGGCGCGGUUGAACGACGAGGUGGCCGAGCUCGUGCUGCUGGCCAAGAGCCGGUUCCUUACCUUCUCGAAGAAGUCUGCGUUCAUCUUGUUUGCGAAGGACUCACACACGGCGAGCCGGGACCACUUCUUCCACGACGACGGGCUGCUCAAGUGGGACGCCUUCGUCGCGCCACUCGUGCACAUGGACCAAGAGUUCGAGGACCGAUUGCGGGAGGUGACCGGCGACGAGAAGGACUUCGAACCCUCGCCCCACGCCAGCACCCACGCCGAGAUGGUGUCGUAUGCGCACACGGCCAUACACAUUCGGCGGGCUGCCGAGGCCAUCCACGCACAGCUGGGCCAUUCGACGAUAGACGAGUUCCUUGCGCGGUACUGUGACGAAGAACAAUACCACUGGUUGAUUCCUAAGAAUCAGCUGCUGUCGUUCAUGGAGGCUCAUCACAACGGCGAUACUCUGAUUGCGUUCAUGGAAAUGGUUUCGUUGAUGGAUCGCCGUAUGCGAGAUCUGCUGUACUUCAACAACGACGUGCCUCGCUCGCUUCCUCGCAAGUUCCAAGAUAUUCUCAAGAUGCCCACCUUCGAGAACCUAUGGGGCAGCACGAUCUCGGUGGUUCUCAACGUCUUGUUGGGAACUCAAGACGGGCUGAACCUACGCAACCUGCUGUGGCACGGCUUUGCCACCAAGGCCCAAUUCGACCGUGCCUAUUUCACAUUCCUGUGCCUGGCCGUCUUCAGUUUGCCCCCGCCACCGGCGCCACUUCGGAAGGAGAUGAUGGGAGAGCCGCGGCCACUAACCGACUUCCACCGCUUCGUUCACAAUCUCGACUUUGGUCUCGGGACCAGGGCUUUUCCGGAUGUGUUGAGCCCAGAGCAAAUCAACGAGGUGAACGAAGUGAUCACGGACAACUUCCUCAUCGUCGCCGGCCAGGAGGAGCUCUGGUCCGAUGCCUUCCGUUACUUUGCCCAAGGCCACAACUACAGAGCGCUCUUGGUCUUGCUGCCACUGAUGGAGCAUUCCAUGCGCAAACUGUGCCUCUACCUGAACGACUGCCCAAUGAAAAGGGGCUGCAAGUUGGACAAGAUCCUCCGCCCCACCAUGGACAACGGCGGCGGUGGUCUGCGGCACUACCUGGCCCACGGCUCCACGCAGGGCAACGAGCUCAUCCCGCGGGACUUUGCCGAUCGCUGCAUCGCCGUGGCCAUCGCUCUGUGCCUGCCCUUCCGACCUACCUCACCCUCCAUUCCCGAAUCGGGGCUGCUGCACCGCAUCUGGCAGUUCAUUGCGGUCGACUACCGGCCGUGCUUCCACCCCAAGGCCCUCCUGCAGAAGGACCUUGCGGCAGCCAUCGAGCUCUGGCACGACGCGUCCAAGCAGAUCGCGCAAGAGCAACAGCAAGCGAGGACGCAAGAAGAAGACGCGGAACAGGAGGAAGACGCAAGCACGCUAGCUUGCCGCGCGUCUCUCGAGUCCCUGGAGCAGCUGAUCGCACGGGUGCGAGGCGGCGGCAGCGAAAGCGACGAACGCGCGGAGCCCUUCUUCUACGACUUUGAGCCCUUCUGCACGUCCAAGGAGCAGAGGCGGGUCGACCGAUUGCGACGCGUCGUCACCCGAUCGAGAAACUUCAUUCGUGCCGUCCGCGACCUGGCUGACGCCUCGCUCCCCAAGAAGGCGCCGACGCAGAUGCUGAUGCUCUCGGUACGGCCCCUGUUCAUGGGCCUGCUGCAUCUCGUCCUCGUCUCCGUGCAACGGCUGUGGCGAGUGGGCGCCGAGGGCGAAGACGAGGUCACCGCCGCCACUGCCGUGGCAAAUGGCGGGAAGGAGGGUAAGACGAGCCCCGGAGGCGGCGGAAGCAAGAACAAGGCGGUGAACGACUACUUCACGGACCUGUGGAACCUACUGGACAAGCUACGAGUGCUGCAGGAGCGCAACGACUGGCAGCGGAUCGCGGACUUCCUCUUGUUCGUCAGCCGGAGCGCCACCUCCGCCUCCAAGUCCACCAACACCGCGCCUGUCAUUCCGCCAUCGCUGGCCAGCGUCAUGACUGCGCGCGAGGGCAAGCUCUACGCCGGUCUCCUGCCCCGACUGGUCGCUCACCUCCAAUGA